UUUUGAUGUCUUGGACCAUAUUACAUCUGUCUAACUAGAAAGUGCAGCAACUUCAUGGAUUCUACAGAGACUAAAGAGAGGGUGUUUAUCUGCGAGUCACAACAUGGUAAACAAAUCUCCAGCUCUCUAGAGAAGCAUACAUUCCAGGCAAACAACAUGAUUUCCACUUCUGAGGCCCGAACUACUACAGACGGGGUACCACCAAAUGUGUUACCUCAGGGAAUGCUUCCAUCUGUCCCUUCAGAACAAUAUCACUCUCAUGUGACAGCAAAGUACAACAGAGGGAGUAACAAAAGCCAGUCAUCCAAAAACAGCUCUAUCUCCAGAAUGCAGCAGGACAGCAGUGGCCAGCAGACAUUCCUGCACCAGACAGACAGUGGGUAUUUUAAUGGGGAAAGAUACAGCACUAAGGGAAAGGAGAUAGCUACUGCCCAGAUCAUUGGAGGAGAAACGGUACAUGUGUCUGGAAAUGGCUACCACAGACAGAGAGUGCAUCAGGUGGAGAUGAUUAACGAAGGGGACAAGUGCUCCUGUUGUCCCUAUGGUUACCAUGUGGACUUAGAUUUUGUUACGUACUGUGAAAAUUUGGCUGAUGGAUCAUAUCUGACAAAAUUAAAAAGAAUUCAGAGAGAGAAACGCAAGCUAAGGAAGUCCAUGGAGUUCUUCUUACAGCAGCAAGAGAAUGAAGAACAAUCAAGUCCCCCACCAGAUCUUGUACAAAAUAUCAAUGUGCAGGCAACUGCAUUCCUGAAAAGCAUUGAAUACAAGGACUCGGCUACUAACAAAGUGUUAGAUGAAAUAGAUUCCUCAGUAGAUCAAACUUUACAUUCCAUAGAUUCUAUGAUUUAUUCCACAGAAGCACAUUCCCAGUUAAUUAACUGUAACGAUGAAACAAGUUCCUCAACCAAUCAACACUUCAACACGUUCCCAGUGUCCAAUACCUAUAGGGCUCAAAAUGUUGAGGAUGAAAUGACCUUUCAGAAUUACUCCCUGGGAAGGUCAGAUUCUAAAGAGUCCCUGUCUUCCAUUGGUACAAUGGCCAGUGAUACAUACAAUCUGGUGCCUGUUAAAGUUACUGGUUUUGCCCAAAUGAGUGAUGGUAAAAGCUCCUCGGAAAAAAUUUCCACAGUAACUCACAUCACAACAGAGGAGCUAGAGUAUACAAUGGCCACGCAUCUUCCUUCAGAGGAAUCUUCUAUGACAAGUAUCAGUAAGUCCUCCAUUGAAAGCAUCAGAAAAACCAUGGAGAGCAGUCUUCAGAGGAUAAAAGAGUUGGAAGAACAGGUGAAGGCCAUACCAGUGCUGCAAGUCCGUAUAUCUGUGCUGAAGGAAGAAAAGAGGCUUCUUAUGCUUCAACAAAAGGCUAGGAAUCAAAAACUGAAUACAAGAACAAUUGGAGUUGGAGAUAACCAUUUGAUUCCACCACCCAGUCCAAAAUCACCACAACUUAAUGCCUCCAAACCAAAAGUCAAGAGUGUAGGAGUAGGAGAUCAUAGUAUCACUAAAGUUUAUCUACUGCAGCCAGAUCUAUCCCCAUCAUGCACAAUUUCUGAUGAGAGAAUCUUUAGUGAGACAAAUUUUAUAGAACAGGGUCAUUACCAAGGAGUGUUUGCUCCAUUUGCUAAACAGCCAUCUAAACCUUCAACCAGAACAGUGGGCAUUGGUGAUGGCAGUGUGUUUGAAGAUGGUUUAAAAAUCCAUGAAAAAGAAUUGAGAACAGUCAUUAUUGGGAAAGAAAGUGUGGGGAGGAGAAAUGUUGGAGUAGAUUGUCGUGUACCUACUAGAGAUGUUGGUAUGACCUUCUCACUAGAUGAUGAAAAACCAACAACAAGGUCUGUCGGCGUCAAUGUGGACUCGGAAGCAUGGCUAACCUCCAUAAAUAUUAAAGCAGCAGAGGUAAGAAAGGCAAUGCAGGAAGCUCUACAUAGAAGUGUAAGAACAGUUGGAGUAAGUUGUGAUUUAAAAUCAGAAAAAGUAGACACUGGAGUUCAGUACACUUACCAGUAUCUCAGGUCCAUUGGAGUAGGAGACAGUCCUGUAGAAAAACCUCAGAUUCCAACACGCUCCAUUGGAGUUGAUGCCCAAUGUUUGAUGAUGUCCAAGGCAGUGAACACAGAUUAUGGAUGGAAGGUAGAUUCUGGAACUAAUACUGUAAGGUUCUUCACAGAUAAUAAAGCAGUCCAGUAUGAAAAAAAUUACCAAGGAACAAAGAGCACUAUGACUGAAGGUAUGAGAACUUACCAUGAUACCACACAAACUGAGCACCGCAUGUUUCUGGCCCUGGACAUGGUCAGAAACACUGGCAGUAAUACAGAUGAGAAGAAAAAGAAAACUGUAUCCUGUAGUACAGAUAUCUGUGAGCUUACAAACUCAGACUAUGGAUUUUACAUCACCUACCGGGGUCGCAAUGUAAAUUCUUAUGAUGCAGGCUGUAACACUGAGAAAAAGAAGAUGUGCACCAUUGGAGUUGGAGAUGGAAAGGUAGAGUUUGAGGAUGAACCAACGAUGGAAGAGACAACAGAAGAGGUAACUUAUGUUACCCAGACUCUCAUAGAGUCAGUACAAAAGAACUUAGAACAGAGCAAACAAAUCACUCAUACAUAUGACCUUUCAGCAGGAACAGACAAAAGUUCUCUGACAAAGGCAUUGCUGGAGAAAGGGGUGGUAGAACUUCCUCAGUCCUCUGUUAUCAUUCAAGAAAAAACUUCAAAAAGCUCAUCAGAUGUUAAAACUGAGGAAACUCCUCGGUCAUUAGGAUCCAUGUUUGAAGAUGGUGCUAUGAGUUCUGAAAGACAUGAGUCAAGAACAAUACAUUCCAGUGCCAGAUAUGGGACAAUGACUGAUGAUGCACUCUGUAGCUUGGGAAACAGACGUGAUGCUGCCCUUUACUUUAAUGAAGGUAGUUCAGACAUGUCAAGAUUUGAUGUAAGUGAGAGGUUAGUUGAUCAAAGAAGCAGUGGAGAGUCUGCAGAUCAGUCAGGACUAGAGUCUGUUGUGGAAAAAAAAAUUACUAGUAAGGGGGGAAAUACAUAUAUUACAACAAUUACCACAAAGAAAAGUGCAGACGGGCUGGACAAGACUAUGUCGGAGAGGGGAGAGAGUUCUAGGAUGUUUACUGGGAGAACUUCAAAUCAAUCUGACAAUGCCUCUGCUAGCCAGGUGUACACAGUCUCUCAGUCUACUGCUCCUUACAUUGAUGACCAUUCAGAAUCUGUGACUAGCAGUUUUAUCAGGGAGCAGACAAGUAAAAGCCAGAAUGAUGACUCUCAUAUGGCUUCAUCUGAGGAUGUAUCUUCUGGUGUUGAGACCAGUAAUGAGGAUCAGGAGGAGAUUCAUGUUAUAACAGAGACUUACUCUCUGAGGGAUAUUGGGGGACUCAGCUACUAUGAAAAGUACAUCAAGCCUGCUGGUAUGAAAACAGAGACUGAUGCUGCUUGCAGACAAAACAGUUCAGAUCAGAUUUCUUUCGAUAGAACAAACACCAGAUCUCUCAAGUCCUGCAUAAAGAAAAACAAGUCCGAUAAUGGGAUAAAAAGAGGAAUUACUUUUGCUGAAACAGUAACAGGAGGUUACACUUCUAGCAGUAAUGGUGAAGAGAGUUCAGAGAAUGCUUCAGAUUCUGAAUCAACCACGAGUUACGAGGAGGGUUCCUAUGAUGGAAGAGAGGGCAGCAUUGUGUAUCAGUGUAAAGAUGACGUUACAAUAGCAUCUGGGGCUCCUGGUGCAGUGAUGUUUGAUCAGAAUAUAAGGGAAAUCUUUGAAUUAGACCCAGAGAUGAGAGAGUCCUGUCAAAUUCUUGCAAAGUAUUUAGAGGAUUCCACUGAAGUCACAACAAAACAACUGAAUGCCAGUGUUGAAACAAUUAAAAAACAUUGGUUCAAGACAUCCAGUCACAAACUAUCAGAUCCCAAUCAAGUGGAGGAUUUCCUGUCCAGCUUCAAUGAAAUCUCCAAAGCCUGCCUCCAAUAUAUUGUAAAUCUACAGGAUGACAAUGGUAAUACAGCCAUACACUAUGCAGUGUCCCAUAGUAACUAUGACAUAGUGAGUUUACUGCUGGAUACAGGUGCAAUUGAUCUGAGCAAACAGAACAAAGCAGGAUAUACUGCCACCAUGUUGGCUACAUUGGCUUACCCACAGACAGACAGACAACAGGAUGUUAUCCAGAGACUUUUUUCAAUGGGAGAUGUCAAUGCCAAGGCUUCCAAGGAUGGACAGACAGCACUCAUGUUAGCUGUUAGCCAGGGUAGGAAGGAGAUGGUUCAGAUGUUGUUAGAUGUUGGUGCUAAUGUGAACGCCCAAGACAAUGAAGGCUCCACAGCGGUGAUGUGUGCAUGUGAACAUGGUCAUACAGAUAUUGUCAAAAUUCUGCUGGCUCACCCAGAUUGUGAUGCCACUAUAGCUGAUAAUGAAAACUGCACUCCCCUGAAAAUAGCCAUGGAUGCAGGCCAUAAAGAUAUUGGGGUCCUGUUGUAUGCUCAUCUCAAUUUCAAACAAACACAAGUGAAUCUUGGCCUUGUCAGAAAAAAAGUUUCCAGUACUACCUCACCUUUGCCAAGCCCUACAUUCAGAUAGCAGCUCUCCUUGAGAUCAAAGUAUAGCAAAUACAUGGAAAGGAAACAUCUGGUUCAGAAUUAUCCCAUAACUACAACUUCUACAGAAAUUGUAAAGAAUGUCACUAAACCAAGUCGGUCCUACAGCCAUCACUCAGGCCUCUUGUGGAUGAAACAGGCAGUAUGCACCUUGUAAUUACUGUUAUCCUGAUUGCUCCUCUUCCGAGUUCAGUUUUGAGGAGCCAUCAUGUAUCACUGUACACCUAGGAAAUACUCGUAUGUUUACAGGCAUUUUAUCUGGCUCCAGAUCAUGAAAGAUAUUGCAAGAUUAAGUCGGAAUAUGCUUAUUGCAAUGAAAUUAUGUUAUAAUUUAACAAUCUGAUAUAUAUAUAUAUAUAUAUAUGUCAUUGAGUAUUUCAUCUGCAAAUUUAGAAUUACAGUUUACAAUUAAGACAUCCCUUACAGAUGAUUGAAAGUUUGACUUGAGUCUAAGUCUUCUUCAUGAUCUUGGGGCCUGAAAUUUGUUUUUUAUAUUUAUAUGUUUUUGUACACUCAGUUAUAAAGCUUGUAGAUUUUAUGAGGAUGAACUCUUCUGAUGAACCAAGUGUUUCUCAGAUUGAAAAUAUGCAUGUGUUUGUGUAUUUUUUUUAAAAUAUACUCUGUGUAGUUUUUCCAAGUUGCAUUUUGAAGGUACUUCAUGACCCCAUGAAAAGCAAAGUUUAUAUCUUGCAAAAACAAGAUGCUAUUGAAAAAAUUGAUACAUGUAUAUGAUUUAUAAAAGAAAUUAUACAGAUAUUUAAAAAGGAAACAAUUUUAAUUC